AUGUCUGCGCCCAUGAGAUGCAUGAGAGCAAUGUUUCAUCACAUUUACCUCCGAAAUGUGUGUCAUAAAUGUUGGAGAAACUUACGCUCUGGAAAGAAGUUAUUGAUGUCUAACGCGCUGAGAGGAUCUUUUAUGAUUUCUGCCUCUGUUCUAGGUCCACAGACCUCGGAAAUAAAAAUGACUCCCCCUGACCCGACCACCUUGACACACUCCUACCUCAUCAAGAAUGCAUCCACGGUUGCCAUGGAUGCAUCUUCGACAGUGUUGUCCCAAGUUGUUGCCAGCAUCAUCCAAACAGAGAAGGAAUAUACACAGACUAUGGAGGAGCUGAGUGAGUUGCUGGAGUUUCAGCUCCAGGUUCUGGGGCAUGGGAGUCCUCAGGAGCAGCAGGUGUGGGAUGACAUCAUUGCCACAAGGGACAGACUGACCACAAUCAAACAAACACAGCAGGACCUGGAAACUCUGUACUCCAGUGUUGAGAAGCUGAUGGACUCAUCUGGGGAGGUGGCAUUCUUCGCAGGUGCACAGUACGCCACAACAUGUACGGGAGAGCGUUUGUACAGUGCCAAGUCUCACAUUGCCGAAGUCAAAGCCGCAUCUAAACAAGCAGAAGACUUGCUUAAUCUCCUGGAAGUAAAGGUCAUUGAAGAGACGUCCAAGCAGGAGGAGAAGAAGAAGAAAAGGCAUGCUGCUGAUGAGGAACCACCAGCCCAAUUCAUUGACUUAGACCUAGAGAAUCAGAGCAAUGAGGAUGAAUCCUCACAACGCUCGGACUCAUGACAUCAGAUGUCAAGUGGAUGACUGGGGUGACUCAAGAGCUCUUGUAGGAGUCUGAGACCAAUGAGGAUUGGAUGAUUACAAAGUGUGACAUGGUUGAUUGGGUUGGAUGAUUACAAAGUGGGUUGAUUGGGUGUUAAUGAGACCCAAAGCAAAGAUUGUUGCUGAUGUUAUCAGUCACUGCUCAUGACUGGUUUGCCUGGCCAAGACUUAAUGUUCACAGACUGCUGGAGUGUAGCUGGACUACAGCUGUGUAAAACACCAUUCAAUCACUUUUACUAUGGUAUUUACAGCUAAAAGCAAUAAAAGUCAAUCUGAACAGUACAGGUGCUUUCACAUAAAGACAAAUAUUAGUCAAGAGUGAAAUAUGUUUCAUGCAGUACUGCCAUCCGAUGUCACAACUAACUUCUAUUGAGGACAUCUGACAUAUUUUGCUGACGAUGAAGUUCUUUCUACAACCAGAGCUAUGUUGAAGGUCAUCUGCCUUGAUAUGGAUGUUUAUGUUAGAAGUCUCCAUGACAGGUAGUUGGGAUAGAGUUGUGUCCCUUAGCCAUGCAAGGAUCUGCUGGUCUCAGACUUUACCCCCCAUGUGAAGCCAAUGAGCAGGGACAGGGUGCUUACAAACCAAGAAACAUAAUCAUCUGGGAUUUGAACCCAUUACCAUAGUUUCUUGCAUGUCUAAGGGAUGCAACUUGUGUGGGAUGGUGUCUUGAACUAGGACAACUGAGCCAAAUAAAGUACUCAUGUAUUUACUUACAAACUCUACUGCUAGAUAUUGGAUGUUAUUUCAAGUUUUUGUUAUAUAAAUAACAACAAUAAUGAAUAUUGUAACAGUUUUAUUCAUAAAAAGAAUGUAAAGUUUUAAUAAGGUAAUGAAAAUAUCUUUGACUCUGCACUCAUGAUUUUGCUUUCACACUAAUGAUAAAUUGCACUCCAUGGAUUUCGUAUUCCCUAUAUAUGCAGAAUUCUGUAUCAAAUGAAACCACAUACAGGGCUGCUUUGUAAAUAAGCAACUUUUUAACAAGCAGGAUACAUACAAAGUAGGCAUAACUAUAUCUGCAUAAACUACUAAUGUCUUGUUAUUAUGGUAUACAGAAAAUAAUAUAUAUAUAUUUGUACUCAGUAAAUGUUUUUGACGAAAAACUUGUUUGUGAAUUUUGUCAUUCCCUGCUGUAGUGCAACAAAACUUCUGUUCUUUUUGUAUUUUCUUUGUAACCAGCUUAUCCUUCUCAGCAGCAGAUGGAAUAAAUUUGCGGACACAUAGAGCACUUGAUACAGAAUAACACUUGUCAGUUGUAUUAAAGACAGUGGAAUAGUAACAGCCUGAACAUGGCAGAAUGGACAACUCAUAUCUCCUUCCAAAUAAUGAAAGGUUGGAAAAGAAUACAACAAGAUGACUCAUAGGCAAUGACUUUCAGUGUAGUAGUCCAUUUGCAGUUAAGUUUAGAAAAGCAUAAAAAUCUAGUUCAGGUUAUUUUACUGAUGACUGCUUUGCCAAAGAUGCAUGAGUGAGUUGUGUUUAUGCCACUUUUUACAGUGGCGGUCAGCAUGUGAAAAGACUGAAAUAAUACAGGUCUUGGAUGUUUACAACUAUGUAAAACUCACAGCCAUAUGCUGACAAACCAACGAUCACAAUCAGGGUGAAUCAGGGAUUCUAACCCAUGGUCAUAAGAUCCUCACUCACCAAGGGGACCUAACUCUGCAUAUCACAUUGCAGCACACAUGACUACUGUGCCGACAUACCCUACAUGAAGUAUGAACAUAUUUGAGUAUAUUUUGUUUACAUGUAUGGAAACCAUGGUGCUAGUGAAAGAAAGGUGGUAUCAAGUUUCAGCCCAUCCCCACAAAGGAUACAUAAACAUUCAAUAUUGUACAGGUCAAAUAUUUUCUGCUAGUGACAUUUUGAUCUGUUUCGUGAACAUUUUGGUUCACAUGAAUACAUCAGUUCCUUGCUCUGCAAAGUGUUGAUAAUAAGGAACAAGCACUGUAACAUUCUUCUAAAACAGUGUCUUAAAUAACAGCACUACUAUAUGGUAGGGGGAAAAUGUUUCAACAGGUAACAUGGUACAUGGUACACUUUGAUUGAAUCAACAUAGAGUUUAAGUACUUAACUACAUAAUAAAUAAUGGCAUGUCACUUGAAGCCCAAAAGGACCAUCCAUUUGAUACACCAUAGUGUAUGGAUUUGCCUGGGAUGUUAUUUUUUUCUUCAUUUGUUCCAGGAAAUAUUGGAAAAUACCAAAUUUGCCUCAGUUUAAAAAUAAUAAUCGAUUGAUGGACGUCCUUUUGUGUUGAUCCUUUUUCAGAAAAA